CUAUGGCGGAAGUGGCACCUAUAAAUGUUGGCUACACAAGUUGAAAAAUACACAGACGUUGUGGCAAUAGUUCCUGCUAGACAUCGCGCGGCUUCAAAUCAUCUUAACAAUUUGAAAGGACAGAGGAAAAAUAAUAAAGAAAGAAAUACUAAAAUGAGAGGUUUGCUAGCCACCAUAACUAUGGCAAAAAUGCUUCUGAUUCUUUUCGGUCUGAUGAUUAUCCAUCAAGAUGUAGUGGACGCAGCUAGGGCAGCUGGUGCAGUUGGUACAGCUAAUGCUGUUGUAACAAUGAACAAUACGUGCGCUUAUUAUGUAGGAUAUAUUGCCAAUCCAGAAAACUGUCAAGGUUGGGGUUUAUGCGAGGGCGGUAUACUGAAAGCUACAGGAAACUGUGGCAAAGGCAUGUUAUACGAUUCGAGAAAAGGCAUAUGUAACUACGCAAGUAAAGUACAGUGUAAUACCUCUCCAGCAGAUGUUUGUGCAAAUACAGCCGAUGAUACCUUCAUCGCUGAUCCUACCAGCUGUAGUAAAUACUGCUUUUGCUCAAACAAAGCACUAAUUGGAUGCAAAUCUUGCAACAACAACCAGCUUUUUAAUCCAAGUCAAUCUCAAUGUGUUAACUCAUAUGCAUGCCCAGUGAAUUCCAAUUGUCGUUUGGUUCCAAAUAACCAGUUUGUUGGUUUACCUGGGAAAAACUGCGGCAAAUACUUACGGUGUCUAGAUGGCUCGGGGACUCUAGGUACAUGUCCUAAUGGAUUAUUUUUUAACGGUAUAAGUGGAAAAUGUCAAAACACUAACCCGUGCGGUGCUACUACAAUUACCCCAAGUGCACUACCACCUGACACAGCCAUGUGUAAAACAUCAUAUUCUGCUGCAAAGGGCGGAUUACAGUAUUUUCCAGAUAGUGACACUUGUUUCGGCUACUAUACGUGUGAGAAUCAGCAAGGAAUCGGUGUAUGGAGGCCAUGUCAAUACACGUUUCAGUUCGAUAGUGUAUCUAAGGUUUGUGUUCAAUCUACCCAAACUAAAUGUACGCAUAAUCGAUGUGCAAACAUCAAUCUCAAAUUUGUGACUGACACUUCCUCACCACAAUGCACAAAAUAUUUUGUAUGUAAUAAUGGACAGCAAAGUACUAAAUCCGUGGCGUGCCCAGCAGACUUUCCACAUUUUGAUGAAGUUAAUCAGGCAUGCUCUAAAACUAAUCCUUCCUAUCCGAUCUGUAACUGAAAUAUUAAAUAUCUACUAUAUUAAUUUCAAAUAAUAAAUAAAGACAUGAUUCAAUUCUAUUA